AUGGUGGGGCCAUCAGCCCACAAGAAAAGGAGUACACAAAGGGGACGGCGAACAGGAAGAGCGCGAAGGAAUCCGCCGCCACAAAUUCCGGUGGAAAUUGUGGAUGUAGAUCUAGAUGAUUGGGUUAUUCGCCGAGAAGGAGCGUCAUGUGAUCCCGACUUGGCUUAUGCAAGGGGCAGCAAAUAUUUCACAAUCAGAAUUCAUCAUGGUGGCCAACUGAAGGAUACUACUCCUUGGGAAUACAUUAGCGGAAAAGUAUCAUACCUUGACAAAUGCCAUGCUGCUAAUUUCAACCUUCACAACAUGAGUGCUUCAAUGGUUGGAUUGGGCUACGAUCGGGAAAGCAUUGUGUUUACUUACUACAGGCACCUGGAGAAAGAUUACAAUGUUGGAUUACAUCCAUUGGUGGAACAUUCACAUUUAAGAGAGUUUCUAAAAUUCAGUUCUAGACUACAGGAUUUUGGAUUAUAUUGUAAUCAUUACACGAAAGAGCAAGCUGAGGAAAGGUUUAACGAAGAUCAAGGGAAGAUUUGUGACGAGUUCGCCGAGAAAGAAUACAAUGCGGUUAGAAAAGAAGGCACACUACUACUUGGAAGAAAAAAUGAAGUUGAUCAAGAAUUCCUUGACCUUCUUCAAAUGCCAUUCAAGAAUGCAUGUGGAACCAGUGAAGUCACUCCUGAAGGCGAGGUUGCCGAUCCAGUGAACAGUUCCAAUGCUCAAGGAAUUGACAUUUCAAUCCCAGUGCCUAAUCAUCAAGAUUCAACAGUGCCGCCUGAGGUUGGACACAGUGAAGAGCAGCUUCUUGGGAAAUGUCAACCGGGUGUUGCAGGAAGCAUAUCAUUAAAUAGAGACCAAUUAGAAGAAGUUGCAAAUGACGAAUUUAUAAGGCAGCAUGGUGGGAGGAUUGCAACAGGUUAUGAUGGCGUACAUGGAGUAGCAGAGGACCAACAAUUGCACAAACAAGUUGGCCGUGAAGGGACACUUCAUGAGGAUGAACCUGAUAACGAUGUUGAAACCUUGGAUAGGGUGUACAAGCUGUGUAGUGAUGAAGUAUUGUUUGAUGAGUUUGUAUCUAACAUGAUGACGACAGGCACUGCUGAUACAUACUUCAAUGUUCAGUCAUUUGACAGGGAUACAUCUUGGGUGACUCAACCGGACGUAGGGGACCAUGAAGCACGAACCAAAGCUACCCUACAUGAUAACUCUGGAUCCACUGAAGGUCUUCACUGUGGAAAAACAUUGAAGGGGGAAUCAGCGAAACGUGGUGAUGGGAGAAUUUAUACCCAACCUAAGCGCGUGGUUAAAGAGCAGCGUCCUGAUGGUGGGACCGACAGCAAGCAAGAGAAUGCAAAUGUAGAACCCCAUAAGAAGCCAAAUUCGGAGGAUGAUGGUGAUGCCCAGGCAGGUUGUUUCACAGAUUUCCAAAGUUUGGACGGUGUGCCACAGUUUCGGAUUGCUUACACGUUUAGAUGUAAGAACGACUUUAAGCAUGCAAUCAAAAGUUACAUGAUGUUGACAGGUAGACCAGUGUACAUGUACACAAAUGAUUCUACCAGGCUCAGGGCUCAAUGCGUAGCACCAUGCAAAUGGUUUGUUUAUGCGAAGAAGACUACAGUUGAUGGCAUUGAAUGUUUCUACAUGCAUUCUAUUAGAGAUAUUCACACAGAUUGCACCCCGGAGAACACAAACAAGAAGGAUGAGAAUGCUGCACAACACUCGAGGCUGAAUAGUGCAUUUCGUAAACAAAAAAGAAAUGGUACUACGGCUGCUGAUGCAUCAUCGGAUGAACCGAUUAAAGCUACCAAAAUGGCUGGGCGUUCCCCUGAAGCAAGAAACCAAAAACAUAGUGCAGUAGAACAAGACAACCUGAACCUAACCCUCCAAACAAAGGAAGCAUUUCUCGUACGACAUCGAAGCCACCAUCUGAGGUCCCGAUUUCUGAUGCCGAUAUUUGUGGUGGUUCAAUUGAAGCAACAAAUUAGAUAUGCAGCCAAUAUAAUGUCACAGGAGGUUCCUGCAGCACCCAACGGGGAUGUGGUGGAUUCAGAAGCUAAUGGACGGGCAAAUGAUGUUAAUAAUAAAACAUCAUUGAUAGCUGGAAGGAAGCUAAGAAUCAAGCUCAAGGGUCAUUGA